AGAGGCGGAGCUUGGGCUACGCGCGCCUACGCCAAAGGGGCUGAGUUCCUAGGUGGGUCAGGCUCGAGCUACCUGAGGCCAAGAUGCAGGACCCCAAUGAAGACACUGAGUGGAAUGACAUCUUACGCAAAAAGGGCAUCCUGCCCUCCAAGGAAAGCCUGAAAGAACUGGAGAAGGAGGCGGAAGAGGAGGAGCAGAAGACCCUGCAGCAGUCAGUUGUGAAAACAUAUGAAGAUAUGACGUUGGAGGAGCUAGAGGAUAAUGAAGACGAAUUCAAUGAGGAAGAUGAACGGGCUGUUGAGAUGUACAGGCAGCAAAGGCUGGCUGAGUGGAAAGCAGCUCAAUUGAAGAAUAAAUUUGGAGAAGUUUUGGAGAUCUCCGGAAAGGACUAUGUUCAGGAAGUUACCAAAGCCGGUGAGGGCUUGUGGGUGGUCUUGCACCUUUACAAGCAAGGGAUUCCCCUCUGUGCCCUGAUCAAUCAGCACCUCAGUGGAUUGGCCAGGAAGUUUCCUGACGUCAAAUUUAUCAAGGCCAUUUCAACAACCUGCAUACCCAACUACCCCGAUCGGAACCUGCCCACAGUAUUCGUCUACCUUGAAGGUGACAUCAAGGCUCAGUUCAUCGGUCCUCUGGUGUUCGGGGGCAUGAACCUGACAAGAGAUGAGUUAGAGUGGAAACUGUCCGAAUCUGGAGCGAUCAAGACAGACCUGGAAGAGAACCCCAAGAAGUCUGUUGAAGAUGUGCUGCUGUCCUCUGUGCGCGGCUCCGUCCCUAUGCGGAGGAGGGACAGUGACUCUGAGGGGGACUAAGGCUGCACUUGCUGCAACUCUGCGCACUUUCUUGAUGUGACAGGCCAUCUGAUUUUUUUAAAAAGAAAAACCAAGAACGAAUCCUUUUGGAUUUUAGCCUCUUUAUAAUUGUGCAUCACACCUCAUCCAUUUCCAAAACAAUCAUUACUCAGAAUUGUAUUAAAUUUCUUGGAACUCUC